AUGGCGGAGGAAUUAAGCAAGAACUUUGAAACUCUCCAACUCCACGCGGGCCAACAGCCGGACCCGGCGACGAAUUCUCGUGCAGUUCCUAUAUAUGCCACAACUAGCUUCGUCUUCAAUGAUUCGGCACACGGCGCGAGGCUAUUUGGCCUCAAGGAAUUUGGCAACAUAUACAGCCGGCUCAUGAACCCUACUGUCGAUGUAUUCGAGAAGCGUAUCGCUGCUCUGGAAGGCGGAGUGGCCGCGGUCGCAGCUUCGUCUGGCCAGGCUGCCCAAUUCAUGGCUAUCGCCGCCCUCGCUCACGCCGGCGACAAUAUUGUUGCGACUCCCAGCCUCUACGGUGGUACAUACAACCAAUUGAAGGUUUUUAUUGCGCGGCUCGGAAUCAAGACCAAGUUCAUCGAGAGCGACAAGCCUGAGGAAUUUGCCGCAGCUAUCGAUGAUAAGACCAAGGCCGUAUAUAUCGAGAGUAUUGGUAACCCCCGGUAUAACGUCCCAGACUUUGAGGCCAUUGCCAAGGUUGCGCACGAGAAAGGUGUCCCCGUAGUGGUGGACAACACUUUCGGAGCUGGAGGCUACUUCGUCAGGCCCAUCGAGCACGGCGCAGACAUCGUUGUCCACUCGGCGACCAAGUGGAUUGGUGGUCACGGAACAACUAUUGCUGGCGUCGUUGUUGAUAGUGGGAAGUUCGACUGGGGCAAGAACGCGGCCCGGUUCCCCCAGUUUGUUGAGCCGUCAGAGGGAUACCACGGCCUCAAGUUCUGGGAGACAUUCGGACCUAUUGCUUUUGCUAUCCGCGUGAGAGUUGAGAUCCUACGUGAUCUAGGCUCUUCUUUAAACCCCUUUGCUGCUCAACAACUCAUCCUCGGUAUCGAGACGCUGAGCUUGAGGGCUGAGAGGCAUGCGCAGAACGCGCUUGCACUCGCAAAGUACUUAGAGUCCAGCCCCUACGUGAGCUGGGUAUCGUACCCCGGAUUGGAGAACCAUCCUAGCCACGAGUUGGCUAAGAAGUAUUUGAAGAGGGGUUUCGGUGGUGUCCUCAGCUUUGGCGUCAAGGGCGGUGGCGCUGCUGGUAGCCAAAUCGUUGACGGCUUCAAGCUGAUUUCCAACCUCGCCAACGUUGGAGAUUCUAAGACUCUAGCUAUCCACCCCUGGACUACGACACACGAACAGCUAUCAGAUGAAGAAAAGAUCGCUUCCGGAACGACUGAGGAUCUGAUCCGUAUUUCAGUUGGUACGGAGCAUAUCGACGAUAUUAUUGCCGACUUUGAACAGUCUUUCAAGAAGGCUUCAGCUGCGACAACGAAGGGAGAAGAGGCAGGAUCUGGAGGUGAGACUAAGCAGAAGGAAGCACCAACAGUGGUCUAG